AUGGAUUCCCUGCGGCUGGCGAUAGCGGCCGCGCUCCUCUUCCUGGCGGCGCUCGCGGCCGCCGACGACGCGCAGCUGCUCGACGACUUCAGGGCGGCGCUGCCCAGCCGGGACGCGCUCGACGGCUGGGCCGCGCGCGACGGCGCCUGCAGGUUCCCCGGCGCGGUGUGCAGGGGCGGGCGCCUCACGUCGCUCUCGCUCGCCGCCGUCGCGCUCAAUGCCGACUUCCGCGCCGUCGCGACCACCCUGCUGCAGCUCAGCGCCGUCGAGAGGCUCAGCCUCCGCGGCGCCAACGUCAGCGGCGCGCUCUCCGCCGCGGCCGGCGCCAGGUGCGGCAGCAAGCUGCAGGAGCUCGACCUCUCCGGAAAUGCCGCGCUGCGCGGCUCCGUCGCCGACGUGGCCGCGCUCGCCGCCUCCUGCGGCGGGCUCAAGACGUUGAAUCUCUCCGGCGAUGCGGUUGGUGCCGCCAAGUCCGCUGGCGGUGGCGGUGGCGGGCAGGGGUUCGCGGCCCUGGACGCUCUCGACCUGUCCAGCAACAAGAUCACCGGAGAUGCCGACCUCCGCUGGAUGGUGGGUGCCGGCCUCGGCUCUGUCCGGUGGCUGGACCUCGCCUGGAACAAGAUCUCCGGCGGCCUCUCGGACUUCACCAACUGCUCCGGGCUGCAGUACCUUGACCUGUCCGGCAACCUCAUCGCCGGCGAUGUCGCCGCCGGGGCGCUCUCCGGCUGCCGCAGUCUCAGGGCGCUCAACCUCUCCAGCAACCAUCUCGCCGGCGCCUUCCCGCCCAACAUCGCCGGCCUCACGUCGCUCACCGCCCUCAACCUCUCCAACAACAACUUCUCUGGCGACGUCCCCGCCGACGCUUUCACCGGCCUACAGCAGCUCCAGUCGCUGUCCCUCUCUUUCAACCACUUCAGUGGCUCCAUCGCUGAUUCCGUCGCUGCGCUGCCGGACCUCGAGGUGCUCGACCUCAGCUCCAACAACUUCUCCGGCACCAUCCCCUCCACCCUCUGCCAAGAUCCCAACUCCAGGCUCCGCGUGCUCUACCUUCAGAACAACUAUCUCUCCGGCAGCAUCCCGGAGGCCGUCUCCAACUGCACCGACCUCGUCUCCCUCGACCUCAGUCUCAACUACAUCAACGGCUCCAUCCCGGAGUCCCUCGGCGAGCUUGGCCGCCUCCAGGACCUUAUCAUGUGGCAGAACUUACUGGAGGGCGAGAUACCCGCGUCUCUGUCGAGCAUUCCCGGCCUGGAGCAUCUCAUCCUGGACUACAACGGGCUCACCGGCAGUAUCCCGCCGGAGCUGGCCAAGUGCAAGCAGCUCAACUGGAUAUCCUUGGCAAGCAACCGGCUGUCCGGGCCGAUCCCCCCUUGGCUUGGGAAGCUCAGCAACUUGGCAAUCUUGAAGCUGAGCAAUAAUUCCUUCACCGGACAGAUACCCGCAGAGCUUGGUGACUGCAAGAGCUUGGUGUGGCUGGACCUCAACAGCAACCAACUUAAUGGAUCAAUUCCACCGCAACUCGCAGAGCAGUCGGGGAAGAUGACUGUUGGCCUCAUUAUUGGGCGGCCCUAUGUGUAUCUUCGCAACGACGAGCUGAGCAGCCAGUGUCGUGGCAAGGGGAGCUUGCUGGAGUUCUCAAGCAUCCGAUCCGAGGACCUUGGUCGGAUGCCGAGCAAGAAGCUGUGCAACUUCACAAGGAUGUACAUGGGGAGCACAGAGUACACCUUCAACAAGAAUGGCUCCAUGAUAUUUCUGGAUUUGUCGUUUAAUCAGCUCGAUUCCGAGAUACCCAAGGAGCUUGGGAACAUGUAUUACCUCAUGAUCAUGAAUCUUGGGCACAACCUUCUGUCUGGUGCUAUCCCGACAGAGCUGGCUGGUGCAAAGAAGCUCGCAGUACUUGACCUUUCAUACAACCGGUUGGAAGGGCCGAUACCCAGCUCGUUCUCAUCACUGUCUUUGUCUGAGAUCAAUCUGUCGAGUAAUCAGCUGAAUGGGACAAUUCCAGAGCUUGGUUCUCUUGCCACAUUCCCAAAGAGCCAGUAUGAGAAUAACUCUGGUCUCUGUGGCUUUCCACUGCCAGCAUGCGAGCCGCAUACUGGGCAAGGCUCUUCCAACGGUGGCCAAUCCAACCGGAGGAAGGCGUCCCUUGCAGGCAGUGUUGCUAUGGGACUCUUGUUCUCGCUCUUCUGUAUAUUUGGGUUGGUCAUCAUAGCCAUCGAGAGCAAGAAGCGGAGGCAGAAGAAUGAUGAGGCAAGUACCUCCCGUGAUAUAUACAUUGAUAGCCGGUCACAUUCUGGCACGAUGAAUUCCAAUUGGAGACUCUCCGGGACAAAUGCUCUCAGCAUCAACCUGGCUGCAUUUGAGAAGCCACUGCAGAAACUCACCUUGGGUGAUCUUGUUGAGGCCACCAAUGGCUUCCACAAUGAGAGCUUGAUUGGGUCCGGUGGAUUUGGUGAUGUCUACAAGGCAACGCUCAAGGAUGGGAGGGUUGUUGCAAUCAAGAAGCUAAUACAUGUGAGUGGCCAGGGUGACCGGGAGUUCACAGCGGAAAUGGAGACCAUUGGCAAGAUCAAACACCGCAACCUUGUUCCGCUCCUCGGCUACUGCAAUGACCGCAAAAAGAUUGGGAUAAAGCUGAACUGGGCGGCAAGGCGAAAGAUUGCAAUCGGGGCAGCAAGAGGAUUGGCAUUCCUCCACCACAACUGCAUUCCACACAUCAUUCACCGAGACAUGAAGUCGAGCAAUGUGCUCGUUGAUGAGAAUCUGGAGGCGAGGGUCUCUGAUUUCGGCAUGGCGAGGAUGAUGAGUGUGGUGGACACACACCUGAGCGUGUCCACCCUUGCCGGCACGCCGGGGUAUGUGCCACCGGAGUACUACCAGAGCUUCCGGUGCACCACCAAGGGCGAUGUGUACAGCUACGGCGUUGUAUUGCUGGAGCUGCUCACCGGGAAGCCGCCGACGGAUUCAACAGAUUUUGGCGAGGACCAUAAUCUUGUGGGAUGGGUGAAGAUGCACACAAAGUUGAAGAUCACGGAUGUGUUUGACCCGGAGCUGCUGAAGGACGAUCCUACCCUGGAGCUGGAGCUGCUGGAGCAUUUGAAAAUCGCGUGUGCAUGCCUGGAUGACAGGCCGUCGAGGCGGCCAACGAUGCUCAAGGUGAUGACGAUGUUCAAGGAGAUCCAGGCUGGGUCAACGGUGGACUCGAAAACCUCGUCGGUGGCCACCGGGCUGAGCGACGAUCCAGGUUUUGCGGUCAUGGACAUGACCCUCAAGGAAGCCAAGGAGGAGAAAGAUUAG